CAAGCAGGAGGAAAAAAGCUCGAGAGCAAUCGAAAACCAACGAUCUUGUUGUGGAGAUGAAUUUCAGAAGCUUUGAGGAGUUCUGGCCUUUCUACGUGAUGCAACACUCGAAUCCAUCGACGAGACGGUGGCACUUCACGGGGAUAAUCGCGAGCAUCGUGGCUUUGCUGUGUUCGGUUCUGAUCAGCCGGUGGUUCCUGGCGCUGGUGCCUCUGUUUGGGUACGGGUUCGCGUGGUACAGCCACUUCUUCGUGGAAGGGAACGUUCCGGCGAGCUUCGGACACCCGGUUUGGUCGUUUCUUUGCGAUCUCAAGAUGUUUAGGCUGAUGCUCACGGGAAACAUGGAGAGGGAGAUGAAGAGACUUGGUAAGAGACCAUUGUUGCAGCCGUCGUGAUAAGGAACUGUUUGUGUUUUGUCUUUAGGGCGUGUUUGGCUACCCUUUUAUAUUUCUUCUCAUUACAGUUCUGCGUUUGGACUUAAGACUCUUAUACAUGAAUGGCUUCAUUGUUUCCUAAUACUAAAAGUUGAAUUAC